GAUCACAAUCUCACGGCUCACCGUGUAUAAUAUAACCGACUGUGAUUUUAAAAUUUCAAAAUAAACCAAAAAUAUUAUUAAUAAAAAUAAAUAUUUAUGAUAAAUAAAUACAAUCGGUUGUUUUGAAUUUCAUGUUAAAAAUUAUUAUAAAAUUAUAUAUAUAUAUUAUAAAAUAAGUAGUGAUUAAAUAAUAAUAUCAAUAUUGAUAUAUAUAUGAUAAAUAAAUAAGUGCAAGUGAAGUGGAAUAAGUAAUUUAUUAUUUUUUAGUUCAUCGUUUCAGUGAUUAACGAAAUUUAAGAAACAAAAACAGAUUUAUUAUCAAAAUGGGAUCAUUACAACAGCAAUCAACGUUAAAAGGAAAAAAAGUAAACAGUGAAAAUGAAGCUAUUAUUCCUAAAAUAUUUCAAAAUAUUCAAGCUCAAUUCAGUAAACAAAUAGCUAUUAUUUAUGAAGAUAAAAGUGAAGAAUUUAAGAUAACAUAUGAAGAAUUAGAAUGUUUGACAAAUAAGUUAGCAAAAACAUUGAAACGUCUGUGUACAAUAAAUAACAAUAGAGAUGCAAUAAUUGCUGUUUCAAUGAAACCGACAUACAAUUUACCAAUCACAUUAUUGGCUAUUUUGAAAUCAGGAAUGGCUUAUUUGCCGCUGGACGCUGAAUUUCCUCAGGCACGGGUCACUCAUAUUAUUGAUGAAUCGCAACCAUUGAUGGUUAUUGUCGAUGAUGACAACAAAUUACUUUACGGUAAAACUCCCGUAAUGAGAUACAAUGAACUUUAUGAAGAAUCUAAAAUAGAAUCAGACGUAGGAUUAAUUUAUAAUGAAGAUCCUGAACAAUUGGCAAUAGUAUUAUAUACAUCUGGAAGUACUGGAGUACCCAAAGGUGUCAGAAUACCACAUGCGACAUUAAUAAAUCGUCUUGAAUGGCAAUGGCGUGAAUUACCUUACACUGAUAAAGAACAAAAAACUAUAUUUAAAACGGCGUUAACUUUCGUUGAUAGUGCACCCGAAAUUUGGGGUUCAUUAUUACAAGGACGUACUAUUGUUGUUGUACCUAAACAUGUAACAAAAGAUCCGGAAAAAUUUAUUAACGUACUUGAAACUCACAAAAUUCAAAGACUAGUCCUUGUACCGUCAUUAUUACAAUCAAUGCUGAUGUAUUUGAGCCUUCAGGACAAUGGUCGCUCAUUGAAGUCAUUGAGAUUGUGGAUUUGUUCUGGGGAAAUUUUACCGCAAACUUUAGCGAAAGAAUUUUUUAAUAGAUUUGCCGAUUAUGGACAUACACUGGCUAAUUUUUAUGGCAGCACUGAAGUCAUGGGAGAUGUUACAUAUUUUUUGUUGAACAACACAAGUCAAUUGGAAGACAUGGAUAAAGUACCGAUUGGACGACCACUGGACAACUGCAUCAUUUAUAUUGUGGAUAAAAAUUUAAACUUAGUUGAACAAGGUGAAAUUGGUGAAUUAGUCGUUGCAGGACGUAAUCUAGCUGCCGGUUACAUUCGAGGAAGAGAUUCACAUCGAUUUGUUAACAAUCCCCAUGCUGUUGAUCCUGAAUACUCAACGAUUUACCGCACUGGUGAUUAUGCAAAAAUAAUAAAAGGUAUUGUUAUCUACGAAGGCCGUACUGAUUCUCAAAUAAAAGUUCGAGGGCACAGGGUUGACCUGUCGGAAGUUGAACGAUCGGUAGAGGCGUUACCAUCAGUCGAUAAAGCAGUGGUUUUAUGUUACAAACCAGGGGAUUUAGCACAGGCAUUAAUUGCAUUCAUUACAUUGAAAAAAGGAACUAAAAUAACUGGCUUACAAUUGGAAAAUUAUUUACAAAAUCAAUUACCUUCGUACAUGAUCCCACAUAUCAUCAUAAUUGAUUCAAUUCCACUUCUGAUUAACGGUAAAACAGAUCGGCAGACACUGCUAAAACUAUAUGAAACAUCAAAUUUGCAUAGUAAUGGCCGUGAUACUAUUGAUUGUGAUUACACUGAAGUACCUGACGAACAAUUAGACAAAGCGAGAGUUUUGUUUCCUACGGUGGCUUCAGUUAUUGGUAGAAGUGGACGUUAUACCGUCAAUAUUAAUGCCAAUUUUUACGAUCUGGGUGGUAAUUCACUGAAUUCAAUUUUUACCGUCACACAAUUGAAGAAACAAGGCUAUCAUAUCGCAAUAUCUGAUUUCCUUACUGCUAAAUCCAUGAGAGAUAUUUUAGAUAAAAUAGUAAUGGAUUCCAAUCAUCAGGAAAUUGAUAGUAAUGAUAGUGUAAAAUUCAUCGCUGAACCGAUUAAUGAUGGCCAUCGAUCAACAGUCACACGUAUGGUAACCGAAAGUUUCUACCUAAAAGCCGAUCUGGAGAGAUGGCUUUCGCCCAAUAUCAAACGCUCUGAUUAUGUUGAAUUAAUGGAUACUUUAUGGCGCCCAAUUGUCGAUAAAGAAUUGAGUUUUAUAAUAAGAUCAACAGAAAAAGAUGGUACUGUAUUGGGAGUCGCAUUAAAUUUUGACGCUUAUGAUGAGCCUGAUUGUGUUGUAACAUCAAAACUAGCGAUCGUAUUUGAGUUUUUGGAGUAUCUUGAGGGGCCCAUCAGAGCCAAUAAAUUACCAUGUGGUAAAGGUAAAAUUCUUCAUUGCUACAUGAUGGCAACUAAUGAAAAUUUAACACCAGCUGAAAAUGUUAUUAUUAUGAACAAAAUGGAAGAAGAAUGUUUAAAUUUAGCGAGAAGAAAGGGUUUCGUUGGCAUUUUUACGACCAAUACAAGCCCAUUGACUCAACAAUUGGGAACAGAUGUUUACAAUUAUGAAGUAUUAUUAGACUAUCAAGUUAAUCAGUACGUAGCUCCUGACGGCAGUAAACCAUUUGGUGAUGCUCCUGAUGAUCAAAGAGCUAUUUGUUCAUGGAAAACUAUUUAAAGUUAAUAAAUUAUGUAAAUAUUAUAGUAUGUAAAUAUAUAUUAAGACGCAGUUUAAAAGAAUAUAAUCAAAGACAGGAUAAAAUGAGUUUCCAUUAUUAAAAAUCUGUCUAUCGGUUGACCCUGCGGGCCAGCCCCAAAACUUCCCACUGUUUUCGAGCUCCUUGAGCUCGAAAACAUUGUUGUGAGUACAUUUUCGAGCUCUUCGAGCUCGAAAAUACUAUUGUAUCCCAUUCUUUUCGAAAAAAACCGUUUUUAGCAUUUCUUUCUCCCACGAUAUCUCACGAACGAAUCGACUGAUUUCAAUGGUUGAGGCGGCAAUCGGCGUGUUUUAUUGAGUUCUAGAGCUGAUCAAAUUUUGAAAUUGUUUGGUUAAGUCGUUUCAAAGAUAUUCGCAAAAAACCGUUUUUUGGCAUUUCUUUUGCCCACGAUAUCUCACGAACGAAUGAACCGAUUUUGAUGGUUGAGGCGGCAAUCGACGCAUUUUAUUGAGUUCUAGAGCUGAUUAGAUUUUGAAGUUGAUCGUAUAAGUCGUUUCUGAGAAAUCAAUAAAAAACUAAAAUAAAAAAAAAAAUUUUAAUUCUUAUUCUUUCUAUAACUUGUAAACUACAUGACCGAUUUACCCCAAAAUCUAAUCAAGACUAAGUUUUGGUGAGCUCUUUCGAUCGCCACCAAGUACGUUCAAAUCGGUUCAUCCGUUCCAAAGAUAUCGUCGGACAAAAAAAAGUUCACACACACACACACACACACACACACACACACACACACACACACACACACACACACACACACACGGACGUCCACCCGGGAAUAGUCAGAAUAGUUUCCUAGGACCUCAAAACGUCGACAUCUGAUGAAAACUCGAUUUUCGAAAAUCGGACCGAAACCAAUAACUUCCCUUUUUUGAAAAUUUGCAAUUUUCUUAGCGGGAAGUUAAAAAAAAAAAACAGAAUUAUUGAAUUAAAUUCAGGGCAUUCUUUUGAUUCCUAUAUGAUCGAUUUCAAUUAUUUAAUAUUUUCGCGAGAUAUCGUAAGACAAAAUUUUAUUUUCUGGUUAAAGUGAAUGGCGUGAUCAGGAUUGCCAUGUUCACUUCUUAGUCCACCUGUAGGAUAUAUUUUUUUUUGCAAGCCCUGCUAUGAAAGUUCGAUUUUCGAGGAGUAAAAAAUUAUAAUUUUAUUUUAAAUCAAAUUUUUCAAGGAUAUUAAGUUGUCUAUCGUAGACGAUACAUAUCGCAUGAGCGACAAAAAGUAAUGCGGUGUCGCAACGUGUGGUGGCGUUUUACUCGCCUCAAGUACAAUCACGUCGUUAGUUAUAGAGAGCAAAAUUAAAUAAAGUCACUGGUCGUGACAUUUUAUUACUACGUUAGUAUAGUAAAGUUAAAACUGUAAAAGUAUAGGCUAUUUAGCGCACAAGUGGGGUUAAGUAAAAUGUAUAAGCAAGGCUGAAUAUACUUGGCGCUUCCGACACGACUUACAGCGCUCGGAAAUUGAACUUUCAAAGCAGGUGUUGCAAAAAAAAUAUUAUGCACUCUUGUGAGGCUAGUAUAGGAUGUCUAGCCCACAUAUUUGCAUUACAAACCCGGGUUUACCUAUCCUACUUUCGUCCCUACUUGUGAAAUGUACCAUUGACAGUGACCAUCAUUAUCAAAUGUUUAUUAUGGUGUUUAAAAUCAUUUUUACAAGAAAUCAUUUGAUGAUAUUUUAGGUCAGUCAGAUAAUUGACUCAUUUUAUCGCAAAGAUUUGGUAGUUAUAAAAUACUUCUCAUUUUACACAAUAAUACCGAUGACUCAUACUAUAUAUACAUGAAAUUAUUUAUCGUAAUAAAAUUAAUUUAUUAUUUAGUUUCACUAUUAUUUAGUUACAGAUUAUUUUAAAUAACUGCAUUACAAAUUUAUACAUAAACAAAAAAAAAAUAAGAAAUAUUAAAAUAUUUAAGAUAAAAUCGAAAUUUCACAGCUUACAAAUAAAAAAAUUUUAACUUAUUGUUAAGAAUGGUAAUGUUUUAUGUGAGCGUAAUGAUAUUGUUAACGGGUUUGAGUAUAUUAAUAAUAUGUACAAUGUGUCAUGAUUCAUUUAUGAAAAUCGAAGAUGAUAUUUACAGAUGUGUCGUCAGUAAUAUUUAUCUGACACGUACAAUGGCAAUGUAUAAUCAUCAAUUAUGUAAAACAAAAGAAAUAAUAAAUAAAUAAAUAAAACAAUGGUAAUUACAAUUAGAUUAUUAUUAUUAUAAUCAUUUACAUAAAGAAUUAAUUCAUUAAAUCAUAUAACAUAAUAUGAGACGCACCAAUUUAAUUUCAUUGCAAUUGACAUUUUAAUUUUAUUUU